GUGGAGCGCAGUCCCAGCCUUUGUGCCCGCAAUUGCAGAAUGAGCGUAACCAAAACAAGUCCCUGCGGGAAGUCAGAGGAUAAUGAAGAGCCCGAGAAAGAGGCGGUGGCGGCUGGCGCUGGGAGUCUUACAGGGGUCCUGGAGGCCGAGGAGGGUUCGGACACAGAUUCGGACUCCUACCUGGAGACAGAAGGCAUCCGCAGUCUUGGAGAACUGGUCACAGACACGCUGUACCUGAGGUCGUGCCAGGCCUACAGCGCCGUGCCCGCCUCCUGCUUUCUGCGCCAAGGGAGAGCCCCAGAGCUGAACCUGCGGUACCGUGGUCUGGGGCCCCAGGGGGCCCAGGCUCUGGCUUCUGCACUAACCUCCAAUCCCUAUAUCAAGCGUCUGGACCUCCGGGACAACGGGCUCUGUGGGGCCGGUGUGGCGGCCCUAGCACGUGCCCUGAGAAAAAGCAGCAGCAUCUGUGAUGUGGACUUGUCGGAGAACCAGCUGGGAGCGGUGGGAGCCCAGGUCAUCUGUGCUGCCCUCAUGGCAAACCCAGCCAUACAGAAGGUCCAGCUGGCAGGGAACAGCCUGGAGGAGCAGGCAGCCCAGUACCUUGCUGAACUCCUGCUGGCCCACACAGGCCUGAAGUCCCUUGACCUGAGCUAUAACCAGCUAGAUGACCAAGCAGGGGAGACGCUGGGACCAGCCUUGGCAGAAAACACAGGACUCACCGAGCUUAACAUAAGCUGGAAUCACCUUCGAGGCCCAGGAGCUGUCUCUUUUGCCAGAGGACUGGGGGCAAACAUCUUCCUGAGAGUCCUGGACAUCUCGUACAAUGGCUUUGGAGAUCCUGGAGCCUCUGCAGUGGGGGAGGCACUUAGGACCAACAAUGUGUUGGAGGAACUCCACAUGAGCAACAACCAUAUCUCUGUGGUGGGAGCCCUGAGCCUGGGCCUGGGCCUCCGGGUCAACCAGACACUGAGGAUUCUUGUUGUAUCCAGGAACCCCAUGCGGAGCGAAGGCUGCCUGGGUGUCCUCAAGUCUGUCCGGGGUAAUCCAGUGUCUCCCCUGGAACUGCUGGAUUUCUCUGAUAUCCAGGUGAACAAAGAGUUUGACGACCUCGCUAGCUCAGUGAAGGUAAUUCUCCCAGGGCUCUGCAUAAAGACGGAUGCUGGCAGAGUGGAGUACAGAAAAGAGUUGCUGGCAGUCUUCGGACCAGCGUCUGCCCCUAAAUGACAGUGGAGUGUGACCUCACGAUGCCUUCUUACCACUUGAGUUUACACUGAGUCCCCAUGUAAACCAGCUGGUGAGUCCUAUGGAACUGACCUUCACAGUGACUCGGACACCUGUACCCUCCUCUCCAUCCCUGACCACUGAACUACUCCGGGCCUUCCUCUGCACUCACUCCUUCAUGGAACAUGAAGUUGUACUAUGUGCUGCAUACUGAGCUGGGCGCAGGGCUAAAAAUGCCCAAACAGGUUCCUGCUCUGGUGACUAGUUCAGGAGAUAAUUAAAACACAAGGUUCUGUGCAACUGGCACUCAACUGGCCAUGAUGCAAACUGUCACAACUUGUUUGGAAGGCAGCUUAUCAUUAGGCACCGAGAGCCUUGAAACUGCCUGUGUCCAUCGAUCCUACGAUCCAACUCAUUUGUUCUGCAGAAAUAAUGCUGUUUGUAAUAAUGGAAAUUGGAAAUCAUUUAAGUGCCAAAUACGAGGGGAUUGGUUACUAAGAUCUGGAAUUCUGCAAACAUUGAGAACCAAGUAUUCAAAGUACAGUGAGCAAUUUGUGAAAUGACAUACAAUUAAUGUUAAGUGAGAAAAUCAGUAUA